AUGGCCACGGAGCAUGGUCUUCCUCCUGGCUACCGUUUCGUGCCUACUGACGAGGAGGUGGUCGAGCUUUGCCUGCUCCCUCGCAUCCAGGACCAGCCCCUCCUGCCGAACGACAUCAUCGAGGACGAUCCGCUGAGCGCGCCGCCGUGGGCUCUCCUCGAGAAGCACGGGCGGAGGCACCAGGCCUUCUUCUUUGCGGCGUGUCAGGCCAUGAACGCCAAGGGCAACCGCCAGAAGCGCUCCUGCGUGGGACACGGGACCUGGCAAGGGCAGGGCAAGAGGAAGCGCCAACAGGAAGAAGGGCAGGAGGUCAAGAAGAAGCUGCGCGUGCGCGUGCGCGGCAGCGCCGAGAAGAUUGAGAUCGAGUGGGACAAUUACGCACUCAACUUCCAGGAGCACGGUGUCAAGGGCAGCACGGGCUGGGUCAUGCACGAGUACUCCAUCACCGCCCCGCCCGAGCUAGCGCGGUCGCCGGUGAGGGUGUACUGCAUCCGCUUCAGCGGCCACGGCAAGAACGCCAAGAAGAACAGCAGGGAUGCGCAGCAUAGGGGCGACGACGACGAGUUCGAGGACGAGGAGGAAGUGGACGACGAUGCAGCAGGAGCAAUCGCCACCACUACCAGGAGUGCCGCGGAGGAAGACGCUGCCCUGCUCAUCGAAGACUACCUCACUUCUUUCCCUGUGGUGGCGGUGGAUGUUGUCAGCGCCAAUCCUGCUGAUGGGGCGGACGCAGGAGCAGGCUAUGAUCAGGACUUAGCCCGGGUUGGUGGAUGA